UAAUACAGUACAUCUUUUGAAGUUUUAAGAUAUUUAUUGUUGUCUCCUCUGAUAAUGAAGCAGGGAUCUUGAAAACAAUCUCUCUUCUUCUUCCACCCUCCUCCAACCUCUCUCUCUCUCUCUCUCUCUCUCUCUCUUCUUGUUUAUUAUUAUUAUUAUUUUUUAUUGUUUUCAAAAAUUCAUAAUUUUCUGCUACCAUAUCGUGUAAAAAUUGAAGAAAAGAGACAGAUUUGAUACUGAUUGGGCUUAUUUAUUCACAGUAUAUUUAUACUCUCGUGAUAUGAUGUGAGUUAGUAAUAGUGUAAAUUUCAAAUCUGUGCAAGUGCGGGGAAGUACCUUUUGAGAUCUGAAAUGAGCCAACACAGCAUUACGGCAUCGUGUCCAUUUCUGCUGACCUGGAGGUUUUGCUAGGGCUUUUUGCCGCUUGCAUCCCUCCCUCCCGACCGAUUUUCCAGACCUGCAAAAUGUCGACCACCACCAAACGUGCUUACAAGCUACAGGAAUUUGUAGCUCAUUCUUUAAGUGUGAAUUGCUUAAAGAUUGGGAGGAAAUCAUCAAGGGUUCUUGUGACUGGAGGAGAAGAUCAUAAGGUCAACCUUUGGGCCAUUGGCAAGCCCAAUGCCCUACUGAGUUUGUCGGGUCAUUCAAGUGGAGUUGAUUCCGUAAGCUUUGAUUCUUCUGAGGUGUUGGUAGCUGCUGGAGCAGCGAGUGGGACCAUUAAGCUUUGGGACUUAGAGGAGGCUAAGAUUAUUCGCACUCUCACUGGUCACCGCUCCAAUUGUAUAUCGUUGGACUUCCAUCCCUUUGGGGAGUUCUUUGCAUCUGGAUCUCUGGACACAAAUCUAAAAAUAUGGGAUAUUCGAAGAAAAGGGUGCAUACAUACAUACAAGGGUCAUACACGGGGUGUUAAUGCCAUCAGAUUUACACCCGAUGGCCGCUGGGUGGUGUCUGGUGGAGAGGACAACACCGUGAAGCUGUGGGAUUUAACUGCGGGCAAGCUGUUGCAUGAGUUCAAAAGUCACGAGGGCCAGGUUCAAUGCAUUGAUUUCCAUCCCCAUGAGUUUUUACUGGCAACAGGAUCAGCUGACAGGACUGUUAAGUUCUGGGAUCUUGAAACAUUUGAACUAAUAGGUUCAGCUGGGCCUGAGUCCACAGGUGUGCGUUGUAUGACCUUUAAUCCUGACGGGAGGACCCUUCUUUGUGGCUUGCAUGAGAAUUUGAAAGUCUUUUCAUGGGAACCAAUUAGAUGUCAUGAUACUGUAGAUGUGGGGUGGUCUAGAUUAUCAGAUCUGAAUGUUCAUGAAGGGAAGCUUCUUGGAUGUUCGUAUAACCAAAGUUGUGUUGGAGUAUGGGUUGUAGACAUCUCGCGUAUUGAACCAUAUGAAAUUGGUAGUGCUGCUCGUUUGAAUGCCAACUUAGAGCCUAAAUCUAAUUCUGGUGGUUCAACAAUACUUACUGAGAACACUAUUAAGGGCAACUUGGGCAGGCUUUCCAUUUCACAUAAUUCUGAUUCUGCAAAGGAAACUAGACCUCUUGCAAGGCUUUCAGUCUCACAGAAUUCAGAUCUGAAUAGGGACUCUAAAUCUCUUGCAUCUGCUGUAUGUGCCCCUGCAACUCCACAGAGGGGAAAUCUCAGUGUUGUUCCAAGAACUACUCAAGUCAAUUCAAUGGCAGUUUCCAAUGUGACAGCCCCCAAGAGGCAUCCUGUGAAGGUCCAGUCAACACCCAAUAUUUCAGUAUUCAAUAGAUCAGAAGUUAUACCUGUGCUUGUGCCUAGAAAUAAUCCGAGAAUGGAGCAGGCUGCUGAACAAAGAAAAGGAGGAGCUCCACUAAGAACACUGCCACUGUCUAUGCAGUCAAAAACAUCUGAUGAUCGAAAAUUUUCAUCUGUCAGAGAUGACUUGGAGAGGUCUACUAUUUCUUCGUUGUCUGAAAGUCAGGACCCAAAGGCUAUUGAUUCUAGUGAGGUUUCGGAUAGGAGUACCUUUACUGAAGUUAGGAGCUCAAUUAUUGGGGUUCCUGCUGCUGAGAGAAAUGCCAAGGAUGAUAAGCGUAUGCUUUCUGGAAAAGUUGAAAUAAAUGCAUCGGUCGAUGCUCUUGCUACAUGCCCUCGUGAAAGUUAUGAAUUUCGUGGGAACAACAACAUGCAUGGGGAUACCAAUCUCAUGGAAAGUAAAAGAGGAGGUAGAACACGACUUGCUGCAAAUUGGGAGAAGAAAGACAUAACAUUUAACCAUGCAGUUCUUGCUUCUAGCACUCUCUCUCGAAACUUACCUUCUAGAGGCUAUCAUUCAACAGGCGAAAAUGAGUCAGUGUCAGCUAGCGAGGAGAAUGCUAUCGCUGACCUGAUGGAACAGCACGAACAAUUUGUUGGUUCAAUGCAGUCUCGUUUAGCCAAACUACAGGUCGUCCACAACUACUGGCAACGGCAUGAUAUCAAAGGGGCCCUUAGUGCAAUGGAGAAAAUGGCUGAUCAUUGCGUGCUUGCUGAUGUAAUGUGCCUUCUAGCAGAAAAAACUGAUAUUGUCACAUUAGAUGUUUGCACACGUCUUUUGUCACUGCUCUCAGGACUACUUGAUAGUGAACUGGAUAGGCAUAAAGAUAUUUCUCUGGAGAUGCUGAUUAAACUGGUCAGAGUAUUUGGUUCGGUGAUCUAUUCUUCAUUGUCUGCCCAAUCGUCUGUUGGUGUGGAUAUUGAGGCAGAGCAAAGGCUGGAACGUUGCAACAUGUGCUUUGUGGAACUCGAGAAAGUCAAGCGUUGCCUGCCGCUCCUUUCCAGAAGAGGGGGUUCAAUUGCCAAGUCUGCACUGGAGCUGAGUCUAGCACUUAAAGAAGUUCAGUGAAUGAACGAGAGACAUACUAUGGAUACUGCUUCUAGAGACUGCAGAUUGGGAGAUGGUAGUCCCGUGUGUAUAUUAGUAUCAAAUGGGAUUGUUAUCUACUAAUUCAUUCAUUUUUAACUGAAAGUUGAUAGCUGAGGGACAAUCCGACUCGCUUAUUGCCAUUCAACAAUUUCGCACCUAAAGGUGGCCGAUUGGAGGUGAAUCUGUCUCACCCCGUUCUUGUCUAACCCAUCCCAAAUAUCUACUUGUUGAUUUGUAACUGUUGGUUUCUUCAAAAUGGUGUUAAUUGGUGUUAUUAAUUAUGUAACAACACAAAUGUGUCCAUAGCUUUUUCGAAUGAUUGAGGUGUCGUGUUAUAGUUGCAUAUGUGCUAGAGUUUAAAGCACAGAGCAAUGGAAUUUAGUUGUAGUUUGAUCGAGUGAUGAAAAGUUCGGAGGAAUCAAAACAGGCAUUGUAUUCUAUUUCUUAAAAUGCUUUUUGUUAGAUAUUA